AUGGCUCAACCCGCCGCGGCCUCUGCUGGACGCACUACUCCACCGCGAAGCCACCUGGUGAAGUUGAGUCCGUUCCUCGACGAUCAAGGCGUACUGCGCGUCGGAGGACGUCUCAAAAACUCUCAACUUCCGCUCGAUGAGAAACAUCCGAUGAUCAUCCCGGCGGCAUCCUGGCUGACUCGGCUGGUGAUCGAUUCCUGCCAUCGACGGACACUGCACGGGGGUGUGCAGCUGACACUCGGCCUGCUCCGCCUGCGCUUCUGGGUGCCUCGAGGAAGAACCGCCGUCAAGCAGCAGCUACAUCGAUGCGUUACCUGCACUCGAUGGCGUGCUGCCACGCCACAGCCUCAGAUGGGUAACCUUCCUCGGGACCGAGUAACGCCAACCCGACCGUUCCUCAGCACCGGCGUGGAUUACGCAGGACCCAUCCUCCUUCGGACCAGCAAGGGACGUGGACACCGUGCGCACAAAGGGUACAUCGCAGUCUUCGUCUGUUUCUGGUCGAAGGCCACUCACUUGGAGGUUGUCUCCGACUACACCUCCGAGGCUUUCAUCGCCGCUCUGCACCGCUUCGUCUCCCGCAGGGGCCUCUGUGCUGAGAUCUACAGCGACUGCGGCACGACAUUUAUCGGGGCAGAUCGUACGCUGCGAGGUCUCUUCGAUGCAGCGACAGCCGAAGGUCAUCGUAUCGUCCUCGCCGCCACCGCUCAAGGAAUCCGCUGGCACUUCAACCCGCCAGCGGCCCCGCACUUUGGUGGUCUUUGGGAGGCUGCAGUGAAGUCGACCAAGUUCCACCUCCGUCGGGUGAUCGGCGAGACGACCCUCACGUUCGAGGAGCUGAGCACACUCCUCGCCCAGAUCGAAGCUUGUCUUAAUUCUCGUCCAUUGCAGGCACUCUCAGAUGACCCAGAGGACGUCUCGGCGUUGACUCCCGGUCACUUCCUCGUCGGGGCGCCGCUACUCGCUGUGCCGGAACCGUCAUUGACAGGGCAGACGGUAUCCACCUUGUCACUUAUACGUCUUAUACGUUAA